AUGCGUUUGAAAAAUACAAAUCUUCUUCUCUGCUUAGCUGCACUUGGAAGUGUACCCAAAGCUUUUGGUCGAGCAUUUCCCAACUCUGAAGUCGAGUCGUUUGGUGGAAAUCGCGCUCACGGCCCACCUGUUCAAACAAGAGCCCAUUCGCGCGAGGGAGUCUCUUCUGUCUAUAAUAGAGACGACUAUGGCAAUGAUGGGUCGAGGAUCUGGCGCAGAGGUGCUUGCAUUUCCACCACUUCCGGAGAUAUUGUCGAAGACGAACCCGAGGCUGAAUGUUCGAGUUUUCCGGUAGAAGGGUUUGAUGAAAUGACUCCUGAGGAGGUUAAAGCACGAGGAAUAAAGGGUCUUGAGCUUGCAUCUAAUCCAAAACAAGGCUUCAAUUACCAGACAGCCUUGGAGAGCAACUACCUUAUCCUAGAGGACAACCAUGCCGAGCAGGAAAACCUGGAUGGCUAUAGACUUAGAACCAAAAGAGUUCAGUAUAUAUAUGGCUGUCAUUUUUUUCGAAAUUAUGGAUUCUCCGAUAGGGGAUGGAAGACAUACAAUGUCUACUCUGAGAAUAAUGUCAUUCUUGCUGUUGCCAGAAUAAGCGUUGGGAAAGCAACAAAGGAUGGCAAAGAUUAUGUAGCUAUCAUUGCUCAUGAUCGGUUUGCACGUUACGAUGCCAAUCGCUACGUAAUGGACUCAUUUGGUUUUUCUGCUCUUGAUGAAACGGGACAGAGGAUACCCCAGGAGAAUGUUAGGAUCAAUGCUGUUCCGGUUUCUCAGCUCGUCUAUGUCGCCGCUAAGGCAACAGGCAUGCUCGAUAGCAAGCCUGAAAAGUUCUUCUUCAUCUCCGAAGCUAUUACCAACAGACAGACGGGUAGAGACAUAGAUACAGCAAUACAGACGAUGGAGACUAUCGUCGGAGAAAAGCUAUGGCAUGUCCUAAAGAAGGACGGCCCUGGGGUUGAAGGAGAGAUGUUCAAACUCCUCUGUGGUAAUGAUAACAAUUACUCUUUCCUCAAUACAAUCGGACGUAACGCCCAGACGUUUAGAGGAUAUGAUGUUACCAGUAUGGAGAUUGGCGAGACGGAUGUCAUUAUGAUUCUAGAGAUCACCAAGAGGACUAUAUAG